AUGAAGGCGAAUGGAAGUAAUGGACUACUCACUUGUUGCAUACGUCCGAGUAGUAUUUUUGGUCCCGGUGAUAGAUUAUUGGUUCCUUCGCUUGUUGAUGCUGCGAGGGCUGGAAAAUCCAAGUUUAUUAUAGGCAAUGGGAAUAAUCUCUAUGAUUUCACUUACGUUGAAAAUGUUGCUCAUGCCCAUGUUUGUGCCGAGCGUGCUCUAGCUUCAGGAGGAGAUGUUUCUACAAAGGCUGCAGGCCAGGCAUAUUUCAUUACCAACAUGGAGCCAAUUAAAUUUUGGGAUUUUAUGUCACAGCUUCUUGAAGGACUUGGCUACGAGAGGCCAAGCAUAAAGAUCCCUGCGUUUGUCAUGAUGCCCAUUGCGUAUCUGGUUGAACUGAUAUAUAAUUUGUUGGGGCCAUAUGGGAUGAAAGUACCACAACUAACACCUUCAAGAGUUAGGCUGCUCUCAUGUAACAGAACUUUCGAUUCCACAAAGGCAAAGGAUCGGCUAGGCUAUGCUCCUGUUGUGCCGCUUCAGGAAGGUAUACGGAGGACGAUAGACUCAUUCUCUCACCUGACAGCUUCAAGUAAAUCCAAAAGAGAGGGCCCAUCCAAGGCUUAUAGGAUCCUUGGAGGCGGAAAGGUUGCUGAUACACUUCUCUGGAAGGAUCUGAAGAAGACUCUCAUUGCCAUAUUCAUUCUCAUUAGUAUUUAUUAUAACUUUAUUGCAACUGGGUCUACCAUCAUAACUGCUCUUUCGAAGGCUCUAUUCGUAUCAUCGGUAUUUUUGUUCGUCCAUGGCAUUCUACCAGAGAAAAUAUUUGGUUAUACAGUUGAAAAGAUUCCUGCAUCGCAGUUUCACCUCUCGGAAGACUUGUCACAUCACCUCUCAUUGUCAGUGAUCUCUUCAUGGAACACCACUGUUAAAGCUCUUAAAUCACUUUGCCGGGGGAAUGAUUGGAGCUUCUUUCUCAAGGUGGUCUUCGUUUUGUUAGUAUUGAGUUUCGCUGGAGCCAUAUCUCUUCACAGCAUAUUUGUUAUAGGACUUCCCCUUGCAUUCACUGCGUUUCUCCUGUACGAAAAGAAGGAACGAGAGAUCGACUCGGUAGUGCUGGGUUUAAAAUCUUUCGUAUGCGAGCAAAAAUCCGAUUUGUGUGAGAAAAUGUUCGGAAGCAAGAAAGAUGACUAA